UUGUUCAGCGCACCUCUUCUGUUUUAUUGUCAUUUUCCGGAUCAGCUGCUCACCGAGAGGAAGAGCUUGUUCAAAAAACUCUACCGUAUUUUCAUUGAUAGCCUUGAAGGAUGGACCACAGCAAUGGCUGACAUAAUUUGUGUGAACAGCGAGUUCACUCGGGAAGUUGUUCGUAGGACAUUCCCUGGACUGGCCGCUCAUCAUCUUCACGUUCUCUAUCCCACAAUCAAUGUGCAGUUUUUUGAUAGCUCCACAACAGCCAGUUUAAAAGAACUGCCGCAAACAGCGCGUCAUAUAUUCUUGUCUAUAAAUCGGUUCGAAAGAAAGAAAAAUAUUGCGCUUGCUUUACAGGCUUUUGGUUUGCUGGAUAAUUUAGCGGAUGAAGAGAAGCUGGAAUUACUAAGGUGCGCAACGGCAGUACUCUACACGCCGAGCAACGAACAUUUUGGUAUUGUGCCAGUGGAGGCGAUGUACAUGAGGUGUUGUGUUAUUGCGCCGAAUAACGGCGGACCACGAGAAAGCAUUAUCGAUGGCGAAACUGGGUUUCUUGUAAAUGCGGAUGCGGAUUCGUUCGCAGAAAAGAUGUCUGUCCUUGUCACUGAUAAGCACAGAGCUCGAGCUAUGGGCGAUGCCGGCCGUGAAAGGGUUUUAUCCAUUUUUACAAUGGAAAGUUUUGCCAAGAAAUUGGAGUCUUUGAUGCAUACAGUAAUAACUAAAAGUGUCAGCAGUUAG